AUGAACUUCUACAUUGUACCUUCUGGGCUGUAUCAAACUCAGCAGAAGAUGAAAGGUUCCACGAAGUCUCGUAAUCGGCGAAGAUCACAUAAUAGCAGAAAAUCUUCCGAUGCUAAAUCCUCCUUGUCUGAAUCUGUGGAACUGCGGCAUCUGCUGGAACUGUCGAAACAUUUGCCAUUGAUGGCAGCGCACGAGAAUCAUGUUAAUGGUCCAGAUGAGAGUACUACGGACGAGACAAUUCCCAUGCCACAAGGUGUUAGUGAGAACGAUCGAGAUUGUUGUCAUGUUGGAACUGUUGACACUCAAAAGAUGAUGAGAUCUCCCACUAGGGACAGCCACAAGACAGGUGAUGAUUUGAGUUCACUCCUGAAGCAGAAGUAUCUGCAAGUACCAAGCGCAUCUCUGAUAUUGUCACCAACGUGUGGUGGUAUCGAAAUCAAGCCGUCAAAUCAUGAAAUCAUUGAACGCAGCCACUCUAUCGACGGUCAUGACACCAACGAUGACCAUAUCAUACCUGAUUUUAAACUCUUUUCUUCAUUAUCUGGACUUAAUUCUGAGACCUACGUCAGGAGAAAUUUUUUGACACCGAUGUUUCAAAUUUUAAAGUAUAAGAAUUAUUUGGAGUUGAUUGAAAGUCAGCAUGAGGCGGACGCUGUCACUUACGCAGAGGUUAGAAAUCAAUCGUUUGGAAAAUUCGUUAACAAGAUCUCAACAGAUCAAGGCGAUGUACAUGGCCGGGAGAACGAUGCCGAUCUAUAUCGUCAUGAAGGAAUUUUGGCCUGUGAACUUUUCAGAUGCAGACAGUUCUUAAGAAGGCUUCUUUCACUUGAAUAUUCGUCGAGCGGGAAUGCUGCACAAUAUCUACCCGAGGAGCUUAUACAAGCGAACUUUACUAAUUAUGUAAGGUACCUAUUACAGCUUCCGCUCACGCUUCCUGACUUCUGCGAGAAGCUUGAUCCCAUCACUGCUUCACAUUACAGAUUCAAGUCAUCUUUGCAGGAAUUAAAGGAUAGACUCAACACGAUAGCACAAGACGGAUUUGGAAACGAAGCGUUGGUACUUCCUGGAGCUGAUGUCAUAGUGCAGGCGAUCACUAAAGUUCUGUACGAGUAUAUGCUUUUAGAGCAGUAUCACAUUGACGUGUUAGCAAAAUUAGGGAAAAAUGCACUUGUGGAUCGCCGUAUCAUCAAGCUACUUUUCAAUCUUUUCAGCUUGAAUAUGAAGCUCGACAAUCCCGAGGCGAUGAAAAUCUUGAACUUUAAUGUUUUCUUCAGCGCUCAAUACUCAUGGUACCUCGCACUCACUGUUCCAUUCGUGCGAGUGUUUGAAUCUAACGUGUUUGCUAACGAGACCAAGGAUUCCAUGGAACAUGAGGACGCACUACGAAGACUGGACUUAGAGCUUCACAAAAAUUUCUUCAAAAAGCUUGAAUUUGAGUCCUUCGAGGAAUUUGACAGCAUGACGAAAGGUGAUCUCAUGAAACUCAGGAGAUCUCUUGAAGGAGAUCACAGAGGACAAAUGACUAAGGUUCACAUCAUUGAUGUUGAGAGUGGAAACUUAAGAAGCUUGAAUAAUUCCAUUGAGUACAUUGGUGACUAUGAAGUGGUAUAUAUUUGUAAUCGCGAUGAUUUCAGCACAUUGGACGAAGAGAUCACUCAUUUGAUUUUUCCCGGAGUUGGAAACUUCGGUCAUUUCGUGAGAGAGCUUAUUAAACGAGAUCUUAUGGAGCCAGUUAAAAGAUAUGUCAACGAAGGUCGGAAGCUUAUGGGAAUAUGCGUUGGCUUGCAAUCACUAUUCUCUGAAUCAGAAGAAAGUGAGGAUAUUUGUGGAAUGAGCCUCUUGGACUUGGAGUUAACGAAGUUUGAUAACAGUGAUCCUACCUUCAAAACCAGAGGUUUAGUCAAAUCAGUUCCACACAUAGGAUGGAACACUGUCCACAGUUUGACACCUUCAAAAUCCGAUAGAUGCCUUUAUGGAAUGAAUACGCAGGACAAAUACUACUUUGUCCAUUCUUACGCUGCUAAAGUUGAUACGCCGAGAAUACAGAAUUUGAUUUCUAAAGCGGAAGAGAGUGGGUGGAGAUUUGGACUUUCAAAAUAUGGGUCCGAAACGUUCAUUGCAGCUAUUUCAAAAGGUAGCUUUUUUGCUACACAAUUCCACCCCGAAAAGUCUGGCGUUGCGGGCCUUAGAGUUAUAAAAGCUUUUUUGGAGGAUAGUGCUGAUGAAACAAUGGACUCUACCUCAAGCACUCCGUCUGGGCUCCCAUCUCGGAGGAUUAUUGCAUGCCUUGAUGUCAGAACAAACGAUCAGGGCGACCUUGUGGUUACGAAAGGUGACCAGUACGAUGUACGCGAAAAGAGUGGUUCUUCGGAUGGGUCCGUGAGAAAUCUCGGUAAGCCAGUGGAACUUGCCCUCAAGUACUAUGAACAGGGGGCUGAUGAGAUCACAUUUUUAAACAUUACCUCCUUCAGAGAUUCCCCCAUAACCGAUCUCCCGAUGUUGGAAGUUCUCAGACAAGCAGCAAAGAACAUAUUUGUUCCAUUAACUGUGGGUGGCGGCAUCAAAGAUAUGAGAGACCCCGUGAGUCAAGAAAUGGUGCCCGCAUUAAAAGUCGCAGAAUUAUAUUUCGCUUCAGGAGCUGACAAAGUAAGCCUUGGAUCCGAAGCAGUGACAAUUGCUGAACAAUACUAUCAGGCGGAUAAAAUUAAAUCCGGGUCAACUGCUAUUGAGCAAAUCUCACACUGCUUCGGAAACCAAGCUGUUGUCAUAUCGAUUGAUCCGAAACGAAAGUAUGUCGGCUCUCCAUCGGAAACUUCCAUGCAAUGUAUUGAGAUAGGUGAUCCAAGCAAAUUUGGCCCCAACGGGGAAAAGUAUUGCUACUAUCAAGUAACUUCUCAAGGUGGUCGGAAGCUUCAUGAAAUUGGAGCUCUUGAGGUCUGCUUAGCAUGCGAGGAUCUUGGUGCUGGUGAAAUUUUGUUGAACUCGAUAGAUCAUGACGGAUCUAACAAAGGAUUUAACUUAGAGCUUUUGAGACAGGUGAAGGAGAAUGUGUCAAUUCCAGUAAUUGCCAGUUCGGGUGCAGGUUGUCCAAGCCAUUUUGCGGAGGUAUUCGAGAUGGACUGUGGAAUAGACGCUGCCUUAGGUGCUGGAAUUGUGAGCUACUUGAGCUUCUUUUCGAUGGCUGAGGAUGAGAAUCGUGACCACACUCUCCCCUAUCCUUUGGGCUAUGAAGAGAAAAGUUUAAUCGAAUCUAUUGAUGAUAUCAACUCCUUCAAGAUUCCCUCUAUAUUUAUACAGAGCGGGCUUCUGUUAUUGAAGAUAUCUCACAAGUCUCGCAAACGUGUCAAGCUCAAAGUUGAACCUUCAAAUUUCAAGUUCGUUUAUGAGUUGCCCAAAGGUAAGUCGUAUGAGUUCUUGGUUGAUGAUAUAAAAGGCCUUUUUUUUGGAAAUUUGGCACUGAAUUUCAGAGAAGAAUUCGGCAUCUCUAAGGAGUUCGAGAAGCAGUGGCUUUCAGUCACCUUCUUCAAUCAAUCCAAAAAGAAGCUUAAAACGUUACAUUUAAUCGCAGAUACCAUCUAUGAUUUCCGCAGAGUCAAGGCCAUUUUUGUUGGCUUCAAGACUUUGAAAGAUGACAUAGCUCAGAAUUUUCUAGUAAAUUUGAAUGAGCUUAAUGAUUCAACGAAGACAAUGGUGAUUGAGAAAGCUGAUUGCACUGAAAACAUUAAACGCAGCAGUCUUUCAUUACAUGAUGUCGUCAAGGGUUGUCGCUGUCUAGAGAUCGACAUUUGGAAUAGCGGUAUCGAUGAUGACGAGCCAAUUGUCAACCAUGGCAGAACGUUCACGCAAGGGAUUUUGUUGAAAAAUGUCGCCAAGACUAUCAAGGAUUAUGCCUUUCAAGCUACCCCCUACCCACUUAUACUUAGCAUCGAGAAUCACUGCACGCCUGACUUUCAAAGGAAAGCAAUCACGAUUUUUAAAGAGACCUUUGGAAAAACCUUGCUUACUAAAACUUCGAAAGAAGAGUUCGACGAGAUCAGUUAUAAGGACUCUAAGUGA